AUGGUGCAGAGAGAUUCAUACAGGUCAACUGGUUGCUUCGAUCUUACUUGUUCAGGAUUUGUGCAAAUAGGGCAGAUAGUACUUGGUGGUACCAUAAAACCUGUAUCAUCAUUUUGGGGCCCACAGUAUGAAAUUAACGUUGGGAUGUUCCUGGUAAAAAUGUUCAAAUAUGCUAUUGAUAGUAAAAGAUUAACAUGGAAAAUGAUUAAAUUAUUUGGGGGUAUGUGUGAUGCAGGAUACAAACACAGGAAAUUGGUAUCUGAAAUUGAACAGCAAUAUCGCAGUGGGUUAUUGGCCAGCUGA